CUGGACGGCUGAAGUCGUGACGCCGGAACCACUGAGCGCCGUGUUCCUCGGCCGCCGCAGUCCGUCGUCGAGAACCUGCCGCGAGCGCGACCCAGCACAGCGUGGGCUGGUCAACAUGCUACCAACCACGCUGUCUCUUCACGUGCUGGUCGUAUGUUCGAUUCCCUUGUGCUGGGGAUAUUCCUGCUCUUCGACCGGACGAUGCAGCAUUGACCUGAAAGCCACGGAUUUAAAAAAAUCUUUGAGAGCCAUCGCGUAUAAAGUGAGAUUGACACUUCCUCCGACAGACAACAGUCUGAGUGUCUGUCAGUCUAAGUGCGGGGACAGUAAGGCUGGAGGAGUCAAUGAUACAGCAAGCGCACUGGCCAAGUUAAACGAGCUGGUAGAUGGUAUUAAAAACUUAACGGCUCAAUUGGAGAGGAUUUCGAAUGAGAAUUCCCAAGAAAUCGAGCUUAAGAAAUCGACGAAGCAGUUCGCGAUGGACCGCGACUGGCCGAAGCUGCAGAAGGUACUGGAGUCGACGCUGAAGCCGGGAGACCCCGCCCUGCGGCAGGCGCGGGCCAACACGUGGCCCGACGGCAAGGACGCGCUCAUGGAGAUAGUGCUCGAGGGCCACCUGGAGCUGCUGGAGAAGCUGCUGGACCUGGGGCUGGACGCGAACCUGCCCUGGGGGCCCAACAACUCCACCAUGCUGCACGCGGUGGCCUCGAGCGGGGACGUGAAGGCGGCGGAGCUGCUGUUGUCGCGGGGAGCCCUCGUGGACGCGCGCGCCGACUGGGGGGUGACGCCGCUGCUGAGGGCCGCAGCCAGCCACCAGCCCGGCAUGGUCUCCUGGCUGCUGGCCCACGGAGCGGACGUCCACGCCACGGACAGCAACGGCUGGACGUCGCUCCACUUCGCCGCCAGGUGGGGCAGCCUGGACUCGGUCAGAGUCCUGGUCGCCAACAAGGCCGACAAGGAGGCGGUCAACACCAAGGGCCUCACGGCGUACUUCGAGGCGCUUGACGCCGGCCACAAGGCCGUCAGUGACUUCCUGACUCCUUAGCACACUGGUGAGAGUAUCAGUAGCCAGCUUAGCCAUCCUCGGUGGUUACAUCUAAUAGUCUCCCAACUUGGUGCUCUUGGGACGAUCUUCUUUCAGUACCGACACGAUUUGAGUUUUUAAUGUGUAAAUACAUCACUCCACAAAGUUGAAAAUACCUUAUUAUACUUCUUGAAAUAAAGCGUACGUGAAGAUGGUCUUUCUGAAUUCUUAUAAAACCUAUUUUCUCCGCUCAUAACCACCAACCACCAAACAAGAAAGCUCGAAGAAAUGGUCCCGUUUGAAAUUCUGGGUACAAUCAUACUCUGAAUUCUCUCAAUGUCUUUAGUUAAUUUCUGUAAGGAAUGAGUUGCAAAUGUUUUGUUCGGAAAUAAAUGUUUAAUAUCCUCAUGACGAAUCCCGAAACAAACAUGUAUUUUGACUGAAAUAAAGGCACCUUAUCUCA